AUGAGGAUCCACACUGGAAAGAAACCAUUCACUUGCGCUCAGUGUGAGAAGAGUUUUAGCCAAUCAUCAAACCUUAAUAAUCACAUGAAGAUCCACACUGGAGAGAAACCAUUCACAUGCACUCAGUGUGGAAAGAGUUUUGGAAUACAAAGCAGUCUUAAAAUUCACAUGAGGAUCCACACGGGAGAGAAACCAUUUACAUGCACUCAGUGUGGGAGGAGUUACCACCAAUUAUCAAACCUUAAUAAUCACAUGAAAAUCCACACUGGAGAGAAACCAUUCACAUGCACUCAGUGUGGGAAGAGUUUUGGAAUACAAAACACUCUUAAAAUUCACAUGAGGAUCCACACUGGAGAGAAACCAUUCACAUGCACUCAGUGUGGGAGGAGUUUCAACCAAUCAUCAUCCCUUAAUCUACACAUGAUGAUUCACACUGGGGAGAAACCAUUCACAUGCACUCAGUGUGGGAAGAGUUUCAGCCAAUUGUCUUCCCUUAAUUUACACAUGAGGCUCCACACUGGAGAGAAACCAUUCACUUGCACUCAGUGUGGAAAGAGUUUCAGCCAAUUGUCAUCCCUUAAUUUACACAUGAGGAUCCACACUGGAGAGAAACCAUUCACUUGCACUCAGUGUGGGAAGAGUUUCAGCCAAUCAGCACACCUUAAUAAACACGUGUUGAGCCACAAUGGAGAAAAGCCAUUCACUUGCACUUAAGCCACGGUCACACUUGAUUUUUUUUUUCCCCAUAGACUUCCAUUCAUACGCAUGCAAAUGCGUAAGACCGGAAACACAAGUUCCCCUUCGGUUGGGGAACUUCAGUACUAUACAGUGGAUUUGAUCUUGGAAAAUCCACGUAUGGGAGGAUUCGGUUCAGAAGCCGUUUGUCUGAAAGAGUAUUGAAUGGGCCAAUGAAGCAAAUAAUCGGCAGCGUAAGCUUGUGCAGGUGUGCCUCAUUGCCAAUUAUCCCAGCAUAUAAGCACACCUGGAGCGAGCAAACGAGAGCAUUCUUCCGGUCCAGAGUGUAUACACGCAGCGGCAGACGGUCGAGCUGAGUUUCUCCCUUGCCUGGCGUUCUUUGGGUCCGGUCCUCCAGAGCGGUGCAUAUAAAGUUGCAACUUCACAAAG